UCCUUUUUUUUUUUUCUCACAUCUCUCCACAAUACUGGCUGACAUAAAGGGUACCCUAGUGUUCCUCUCGUCGAUUCUCGCCGAUCGUUUCGAUUUCAAGUCCAAGAAGAAAAAGAAGAGAAGGGGCUUUCACCGCCUCAGAAUGUUGUGGCUAAUGAGAUUCUCGGGGUUUUUCUCCGCCGCGAUGCUCGUGAUUGUUCUCUCCCCUUCCCUGCAAUCCUUCCACCCCGCCGAAGCCAUCCGUUCCUCCCACCUCGACGGCCAUCUCCGCCUGCCGCCGGUUCAAAUCCCUCCUUCCGAUGGUGACAACCGAUUUUCGUUUCGGAAAGCCCCUGCAUUCCGCAAUGCCGAUAAAUGUGGUUCGAAUCGAAGGGGCAUUUCUGAGGAUACAAGUGUUUGCGACCCUUCCUUGGUACACGUGGCCAUAACUCUCGACGUGGAAUACCUCCGUGGCUCAAUCGCCGCCGUCCACUCCAUCCUGCAACAUUCCCAGUGCCCGGAGAACAUCUUCUUCCACUUCCUCGUCUCGGAGACCAAUCUGGAGUCCCUCGUUAAAUCCACUUUCCCUCAAUUGAAGUUCAAGGUCUAUUACUUCGAUCCAGAGAUCGUGAGGAACCUGAUCUCAACCUCCGUGAGGCAAGCGUUGGAACAGCCAUUGAACUACGCGAGGAAUUACCUUGCGGAUCUUCUGGAGAGCUGUGUAGGGAGGGUGAUAUACCUAGAUUCCGAUCUAGUCGUUGUGGAUGACAUCUCAAAGCUUUGGAGUACAAGCCUGGGUUCUAGAACCAUCGGUGCUCCGGAAUAUUGCCACGCAAACUUCACAAAGUAUUUCACGGCGUCGUUUUGGUCGGACAAGCGGUUGUCGGCGACGUUCGCGUGGCGGAAGCCGUGCUACUUUAACACGGGAGUGAUGGUGAUAGAUCUCGUGAGGUGGAGGAAGAAGGGUUACACGAAGCGGAUAGAGAAAUGGAUGGAGAUCCAAAAGAGUGAUCGGAUCUACGAGCUUGGUUCACUGCCACCGUUCCUUCUGGUUUUCGCGGGACACGUGGCUCCAAUCGAGCACCGAUGGAACCAGCACGGUUUGGGUGGCGAUAACGUAAGGGGGAGCUGCAGGGACCUCCACGCAGGGCCGGUUAGCCUGCUGCAUUGGUCCGGCAGCGGCAAGCCAUGGCUCCGGUUGGACUCAAAACGGCCCUGCCCGCUCGACGCUAUGUGGGCCCCUUAUGACUUGUACGGACACACUCAUUGAUUAAACGACGAGCCAUGAAGAAGCAAAGGGUAGUCGCUGAUCUUUUCAUGGAUUUAUUGUAAACCAGUUGAAGGCAAAUAAAACAAGCUCAUUCUCAAGGUAAAUAAAGCUCCAAAUUGCCAAGAUUUCUCACGGCUCUUUCUGGGUGCUGGGAGGUGAACGAAACUGGGCCCCAUAACCAAUUUUAAUCUAUUGGUCCCCAUCUCCUCGUGGUGUAUUUGCUCUUGGUUUUCUUUCUCCUUUUGUUCUGAAAUCAUAUUAUGAAUAACAU